AUGUCUCACGACCGCAAAACUCUGACGUCACGCAGGCCAGUAAGGACAGCACAAACUGUCGCAUACGCCGCGCUGAACCCAGGCGGUCAGUUCUACAUCUCCCUGAUCCCCAGGUUCGCCCGCGCAAGCACCGCCGUUCCGGAGAUGGAUCUGAGCGGGACCGUCACCCAAGUGUGGAGUCCCGGGUCCGCAUCCGGCCCGGCGGCGACAACGUCGAGAACAAUGGCCAAGGAUGCGUCGCCCGUGGACGACGCAGGGCCAGAGAACGAGUCCCUGAGGGAGAGGUUCGGCCGGGAAGGAAGCCGGUUCGACGCCGUGGUCGACUGCGUCGGCGUGCAGGACGUCCACAUCAACUGCGCCGCCUAUCUAGUCCCCGACGGUGUCUACUCCGCCCUUGGGAUCAAGCCGGCGGCUCUCUCGUAUGGAGCCUUCACCAAGGUGGCCUGGCAAAUGCAGAUGAACGCGCUCUGGUCCCGUCCGACCUGGUUGGGCGGCACGGGCCGUCGGUGGGCGGCAACGGCUAUGAUGGACCCCGGUAAGGAUUUGACGGAGGAGGUUAUGGGAAUGCUGUCAGACGGGAGGAUCAAGUCUGUCAUCGAGAAACAGGUUGGUUUCGAGCAGGUCGCGAACGGGUAUGACAUCGUUGGGAGCGGGAGGGCGAGAGGAAAGGUUGUCGUCAAGGUUGACGGCGAGUAA